AUACGAACGCCAUUCUUCGCGGGAACUAAAAUUUUGUAAACAUUGCAUACGCCAAGAUAAUAAGUAAAAGAUUUCCCUCUCAUUGUGAACUGGCAGCCAUACUUCGCACAAAAUGCAAAUACCUUUUAAGAUCGCCACAAAGGAAGGCACACCGGAGUGGAUCAUACUGGAGUUACAAGGAGAUCUGGAGUCUCGUACUAAUGAAGAAAUGGCUUCAAAGUUCAUUGGAGAUCUGCACUUUACUAAAGAGGGCACUCCUAUCCUUAUCAUCGGCCACCACAUCAUGUAUGGAAAAGUUCAAGACCUAGACAAGCCCUUUGCUCUAAUGCAUAAGAAGAGGCUGAGCACAGACACUGAGCAAAUGGAUGUUGACGACACGGAAAGCCCAGAGACUGCAUCAUCGACAGCAGGGGUGGAAUAUCUGAUAAAAGCUGUUAUUCGUAAAAAAAUUCUGUUCAAAAGCCGGCCCAAGCCAAUCAUUGCUGUACAGAGCGCUAAUGUUUCAUAGUGUUUUGUUGUAGAACUGUAGUUUAGAUAGUUAUAAAUAAAAUAUAUUUAAUUAUA